CUUUCUGGGAGGCUUACAGGUUCCUAGACUUCCUUGUUGAGCUUCACCGGGACUUGCCUAUUGUGCUGGUACCUGAGAGGGAGUACUUAUUUCCGGGAUAUGUUUUGCAGUUUGCCACCGCAUUCUCGGAGGGAAUGUUUACCCCUUUAAAAAGAACCGGGCACUUUUUGCAGGGGGCGCAAGCGGGUUGUCUGUGCGUGGCUGUGAAGCGAAAUGCCGUCGUCCAUGUUCGGCAGACUUUUCGGACAUACCAUUACUCGCUUUUCAAGAUCGAUGAGUACUUCUGUCUAAAGUCCCCCUUUUGAGUAUGACUGGGCUUUCAGCGAGCUCUUGGCGAGUCUUGAAUGGAAAGAAUCAUGGCAAAUGUUCAGGGGUCGGGUCACUCGACAGCCUUGAUGCCAUUGCGGAUGGCUGAAGAAAGUCAAGCAAAGCGUCCUCGUAUGAGAUCCAAAAAGCCGAAGGUUAGAACGGGGUGUAAAACAUGCAGAGUACGCCGAGUUAAGUGCGAUGAGCGAAAGCCAUUGUGUCUUAGAUGCGACAAGUUUGGCGUACAGUGUGAUGGCUAUGAAGACUAUUCAUUGGCGCCAGUGUCAAGAGAACGCAAACCAGCUGCAUUGUUACCGAGCACCUCGGUGGGCCUCUCGAUAUACCGGCCUUCAUCGACAACUGGAUUUGAGACCCAGGAGGAAUACCAAUAUUUUCUCCAUUAUCGAAACCAAACAGUCAUAGAUCUCUCGGGGGCCAUGCCGGAAGAAGUUUGGAGCCAAGUUAUACCCCGUGCGAAUGUUGGCCACAUGGCGAUACGCAAUCUCACACUCGCUGUCUCUGCCAUGAACAAAGCCCGGAAUUCCUCUUCGCCGGUACCACAUUCCCAAUUUGGUGCGGCCAAGUACGGUAAGGCUCUCAGAGGGAUUCGGGAGCUUCUUGCUUCUCGCAGCGACCUAGAAGCCGUCCGCAUCUCUCUCAUAGCCUCUUUGCUCAUCUUCUGCUUCGAGAAUCUGCAAGGAGAAACCGAAUUAGCUAUUAAACACAUUAAAACCGCGUUGAACUUCAUGCGAACGCAUCUCACCUCCAGCGUCCGUUACGAUCCAAAGCGGCAUUCGGUUUCUUCGGUCUUCGGCCUUGAAGAUGAGGUGUCAAUACUCCUCGCGCGUAUCGACAGCAUGUUUGUAGUAACAGAUUUCAUGGCGGGCAAACGUCUAGUUCAGAUAAAAUUCAUCGAGGGAAAUAUCAACAUGCCUAGAGCGUUCAGAAAUAUCCAACAAGUAAGAAACUACAUGCAAGAAUGGCAAUAUAGAGGUUAUCCGUACCUUCAGCGUCUCCGAGAUAUAUAUGCGGGAAAGGACGAAUCGAUCAAUCCGCUUCCACCAGGACCCCCAGGUUAUUUCGAGAAGACGAUGAAAUACGCGCAACAAUGGUUCGACCUUUGCAAACCACUGUUGUCGAAGGAAGAUCCCAGAUCUCACGACUGGCUCCGGUAUGCCAUUCUGCACACGUAUGGCCUAACAUCCGUCCUCGUUGUCAAACGAGCAUACUUGGGAAAUGGCUCUGACACACCUGGUCUCUUCGAACCCGAAUCCCUAGCGAUGAUACAAUUUUGCUCUCGCAUCGUCCAGAAUCCAUAUUACAGGAAAACAUUCGCAUUUGAUAUCGGUCCGAUUGAAGGCCUGUUUGUAGUUUGUGUGACGUGUCAGAAGAAGGAGAUUUGCGAAGAGGCUCUGAGGAUCUUGAAAUUGAUGAAAGGAAGGACUGAGAUGCUUGCCGAUGCGGGUAUAUAUGCUACGAGGUGCGGGGGGAUACUGAAGAUGAGGUUUCCAGCUGGUGGGGAGAAGAAUGUAUAAAUGACUGGUGUAAAACGUGUAUUGCAAUGAGAUUUUGAAUGAAUUGAAGGGGAUGGAACAACGAGGCCGCCAAAGUGGAGUUUGGAGUCCGGAGUUUUUAUACCCAACCAUGCCAUGACAGCAAUGUCCAAAAGUGGUAGACCUGGACGAAUUCAGUGAGGAGUCCUCUCCCGC